UCUCUAUCCGCCCCCCUCGCCGGUUUCUUCCCCACGAAUUCGAGGAAAAGAAGAAGAAGAAAAAAACCUAGUCCCUCGCCGCGCUAAAGGUUAGAUGUUUACUUGUUAUCGUCGUGGUUAAUUUUUCUGAAUGAAUCGUGAUAAUUUUCUCGAUCUCCUCGAUCUUGAUUGAUCGCUGGAUAAGUUUUCAUUAUGCAUGUAAAUGUCUGGAAGCCAAAGCCAAAGGAAUCGAAGAUUCGUGGAAGAGGAAUGUUAUACUAUGUGUUCGUUCGAGGCAAGAAAACCGACCUUAUAUGUUUGUAAGGUGGCUAUUUCGUCCUGCUAAAUGGCUGAUCUUGUUGAAGGGGCUUUCUCUUAGCUUUUAUGGGAACAGUUGUUGUCUUGGAGGUUUAGCAAAACAAAAGUCGGUUCCUAAUAGAUCUCUGAGAAUAGGCCAGAGGAGUUCAAUUGCGCAAUCAUCCAAAAGCAAGAGACGGCGAUGGUCAUCCAGACCAGAGGAGAUGGAAAAUAACACUAGCAUACCCCACUCACUCCAGGCACACGUGUCUUCAGGUCCUGCUACUGCUAAUGAGGACGCAACGAUUUCGGAGGAAAAUGGGAACAGUUCAUCAUUUGUGAAUCAAGCUGCUAUAGCUUGGAAUGAAAUGAGAAGAGAGUGGAUUGGAGAUCGUUCAAAAAAAUCUCACAGAGCACCAAAAGAACCAAUUAUAAGCUGGUGCACAACUUACGAUGAUCUGCUUUCAACAAGUCAGCGCUUUCCACAGCCGAUCCCACUAGCUGAGAUGGUAGAUUUUUUGGUUGACAUCUGGCAUGAGGAAGGGCUAUACGAUUAGAAUGAGGUCCUGUAAGACAACUGCACUUGCCACUCUUUUCUUGUUUUGGAGAUGUAGUAAUGUUGUUUGUCCAAGGUUAGCAAAUUGAGCAGCAGUUAGUGUUAUUGUCAUGAUGCUGCUUAUCGUGGUAGAAACUCAAAAAUACUCUUUACAUUUAGUAUUGGGCACGAGGAAGCUUAUUAUUCGGUGGAGAAAAAUACUUGGUUACUUCGUCGCUCAUGCUUGGUUUUAUCUUGGUGGUGGCGAUAAGCAGAAGUUAAUCAUCAGUCUCACUGCAAUUGGUCACAAAUUUAGUGGCAGCGCGAAGAUUGUUGGAAGUUUUAACAACAGAUUUCACUGUACAUCAGGUUCGACCUUGACUGAUACUUUCUUGAUUACAAGGUUUUGGUGUUUAAAGAUGGCACGGUUUGUUUUCAUUGUAUUACAGUUCAGGUCUCCAUCUUUUGCCGAAACAAUGUGGAGAUAAUAGGUGCCUUCUGAAACUUUGAUGUUAUUUAGUAAGAGCUAUAUUGUGGUAAAUUUUAGCGUCUUUUUAA